UAAAACUCAAAGAUGUAAAAAACUUAUUGAUAGUCUGCGAGAAGAAGGUAUGCCUCCUUCCACUAUUUCUCGCGUUAUCAAUGCAACCAAUGGAAGAGACGGUGAAUUUGUGACAUCACAACAGUGCAUUGAUCAUAUCAGAACCCAAAGAGUCAACAAUAUUGGUCAUGAAUGCAUAUCUAUCAUUCGACAUUUUCAGAGUAUGACAGCGAAUGAUCCAGAAUUUUAUUUUGCAAUAGAAGUAGACAGUAGUGGACAAAUGAGGAGUGUUUUCUGGACCGACGAAAGAUCAAGAGCAUCUUAUUUGCAAUUCAGUGAUGUUAUUGUGUUUGAUGUGACAUACAGAACUAAUAAGUUCGGUCUUCCAUUUGCUCCAUUUACUGGUAUAAAACACCAUAGGCAGUCCACUUUACUUGGUUGUGCAUUACUAGCCGAUGAACAGGAAGAUACCUUUGUUUGGUUAUUUGAAGAAUGGCUGAAAUGCAUGCAUGGCUUUGAACCAGGUGCUAUUAUAACAGAUCAGGAUAGAGCAAUGUGUAAUGCUAUUCACUCAGUGUUUCCAACGACAAGACAUCGUUAUUGCUAUUGGCACAUGCAAAAGCAUAUUAUUGAUCAUUUGCCUACUUUGGUAUCUCGUUAUGGUGAACAGUUUCAAAGGUAUUGGGGCUUGUGGUGCAAUAGUUCUUCAAUUGAACAAUGUGAAGGAUAUUGGGUUGAGAUGAAAGAGAAGUUUGAUAUAAAUGAAGAAGGGGAGGGAUGGUUGCAAACAGUUUACAAAUGCAGAGAACACUGGGUGCCGUGUUAUCUGAAGGACACUUUUUUUUGCUGGGAUGAGAUCGAGCCAAAGGAGUGAAAGUAUUAAUGCAUUUUUUGAUGGGUAUGUUAACUCACAGACUCAAUUACACGAGUUUGUGACACAAUAUGAAAAAGCAUUAACUCAUCGUCACUUAAGUGAAGCCCAUGAAGAUUUUAAGAGUCUGAACACAAAGCCGGUCAUGCUCCUUGGACAUCCAAUUAAGGUCCAAGCUGGAGAAAUGUAUACACGCAAUAUGUUUGAUGUGUUCCAAACUGAAUUCAAAGGAUUUGGUACAGAGUUCUGUGAAUAAUUGAGAAAAGAUGGGGACAUUGUUGAAUACAAGGUCUGUAAGUUUACAGAUAGAGGAAAAUGGGAGGUGGUUACUUAUGAACAAUCCAGUCAGAUGCAGUUCUGUUGCACUUGUGCUUUGUUUGAAACUAAUGGUGUUGUAUGUAGACAUAUAUUAUCGCUAAUGAUGGCUAGGCAAAUGGAUUCAUUACCCGACCACUACAUCCUACACCGUUGGACCAUACAUGCAAGGCAUCGUAACAUUGGGGUUGGCAACAUCGUAUUUGGAAGAAACAUCACCAGCUGUGAAGGGAAGAUUAAUUUAUUAAAAUCUUGGGCUUUAAUAGCAAAAUUCAAUAAUGUGCUUGAGCUUGCAUUUGAUUCAGAAGAGAAGCUGCAACAACUUGAUGAUGUGCUAACAAAUUUCAUGGAAUCACUUGAAGAAGAAGUUGGAGAAACUCAAGAUCAAAUAAUGGAUAUUCCUCAACCUUCCGCACCCAUUUCACAUACAAUAGAAAACAUUCCUCAUAUAACAGUUCGUGAUCCUGAUAGACCUGCAAGGACUAAAGGUCGUCCACGCAAUGCUACUAGAAUCCAGUCAGGUUUAGAACAGGCACAAGAAAAGAAAGAAAGGAAGAAACGCAUAUGUAGCAGAUGUGGUGAACUCAGGCAUUAUAGAACUAGCUGUAAAGUUAACUUGCAAAGGUACCAUUUUCGUUUCUAUUCAGUUUUAGCCCUAUAUAUGUUUAUGAAACUUGAUAGCACAAAGUCAUAUCUCAUGAUUAAUUUGUCAUAUAAUUUGCAGCUAAACAUAUGCACGGGUGGUGGAUGUAUUGGUUUGUUCACAAAGUCAUAUCUCAUGAUUAAUCGCUACCACUAACACAGGAACAAGCACAAGCAGCUCAGGUUCAUCCACAACUCUGCCUUGGCCCCUCAAGCAACUCCAUCAAUGUCUCGUAGCUGCUGAUUGUGUCUUGUAGCUGCUGAUGUAUUACUA